UUUGCUUCUUCUUCCUUCUCUCCGUUGCACCGCUCCAUAAUUCAUUCGCAUUAGCCUAACUGUUAGUUUGGCCCUUGUGUCGUCAGAAUCGGGGCCUCAGAUGCCAAAAGCUGUUAGUCCAGUCCAAAGCCUCUCUUGUACUGUCACUGUAUUCCCAUCCCUCAGAUGCAGAAUCUCACCAUCAGCACGCUGCGUUGUCAAAUGCCCCACUGCAUGUGGCCUUUCUUUUUUAUCGCUCGUUGCCUCCAGAAAUCCAAUGCUUCUUCAACGCGCCAAUCCUGCGCCAGUUGGGCUCCACCGCCAUCUAGAGACUACUGUACUCUUAGCCAGGUGAAAUCUCACUUUCGCCCAUCUAGAUAGUAGCCGUACCGUACCCGGCUGUGUGUUCUGUACAGUCUACACACAAGUAGAGCUGAGCAUCAAAAAGCAUCAUACCGUG